AAAAUGGACAUAGAUAAACAUAUAGCAACAUUAUUUGGAGGAGGUUGUUUACCAGAAAGAGAUCUUAAAUUGAUAUGACAUAUAGCAGAAGAAAUCUUUCUUGAAGAAUCUAAUGUCUAACCAGCAUAAGCACCAGUGAAUGUAUGUGGAGAUAUUCAUGGCAUCUACUAUUGAAUAAGAUUCAGGUUAAUUUUAUGAUUUGUAAGCUUUAAAGAAAGAAGGAGGAGAAAUAUAAUCUAAAAAAUAUAUCUUUAUAGGAGAUUUUGUUGUUAGAGGUUAUAAUUCUGUGGAGACAAUGGAAUACUUAUUGUGUGGACAAUUACAUAUAAGUUAAAUAUCCUGGUAAUCAUGAA